AGAAGAGCCUCCGCGGUCUGGACGGUAGCGCGUGCCCCGAGCUCUCUGCUUCCCCCGUCCGCCAGACCGAGGCAGCCGGAGCUCUACCCACGGCCCCAGCAACAACACUUAGAACAGUCCAAUAGAAGAGACAUGGCCGGGUGGAACGCCUACAUCGACAACCUCAUGGCGGACGGGACCUGUCAGGACGCGGCCAUCGUGGGCUAUAAGGACUCGCCCUCCGUCUGGGCUGCUGUCCCCGGGAAAACCUUCGUUAACAUCACGCCAGCUGAGGUUGGAGUUCUUGUUGGCAAAGACCGGUCAAGUUUUUUUGUGAAUGGGCUGACACUUGGGGGCCAGAAAUGUUCUGUGAUCCGGGACUCACUGCUAGUGGAUGGGGAAUAUACCAUGGAUCUUCGCACCAAGAGUACUGGCGGAGCACCUACCUUCAACCUUCCUGUCACCAUGACUGCCAAGACGCUAGUCCUGCUGAUGGGCAAAGAAGGUGUCCACGGUGGUUUGAUCAACAAGAAAUGUUAUGAAAUGGCCUCUCACCUGCGGCGUGCCCAGUACUGACCUCGUCUGCCCCUUACCCCACCACUCCCCACUGCUUUUGCACCCCUAUCCUUCCCAUACACAUACACCAUUUUUAUUUUUGGGGGCCAUUACCCCACAUCCUUUAUUGCUGCCAAAACCAUAUGGGCAGGGGGCAGGACUGGAUGGACAGAUACCGCCCCCUACCCAUACCCCUCCUGUGUGUGGUUCGAAACUUUUUUUUUUUUGGGUUUUUUUUUUUCUGAAUAAAAAAAGAU